AUGCAGAAUCUAUGGUGGAAUAGGCGCAAAAGUCAGGGUCAAAGUCAAAGCCAAGCAUCUGCAAGCAAGAGUGGCAGCUAUGGUUUCGGCAGCCGCACCAGCUUGAAUCAGAGUCGAAGCAGCCGGGGCAGCCAUGGCGUGCGAGGAAGCCAACCCAGGGAGCUGGAGUUCCAAUUCUUCAUACGACAAACUGAGACUUUGUAUUCUCCUUGGUGGAGCCGAGAAGGUGCGAUUAACUGGUUCGAAGACCUGCCUGAUGAUACUCUAUGGAACUGCUACAUCUGCUUCUGUGUACUUCUUGGACUGGUGUGGACGGUCGCGAAACUCACUGGGAUCUACAUAGAAAUUGUGGAUGUUGUCUACAAUGUAUCCUAUGCCAUCCAUGUGUUCGCUAUAGGAUACAAACUGCAUGCGGAGCGCGAGAAUAUUGAUGUCACGUUGUCUAUUGUCAUUGGAUUCCUUGCGGACAUAUUAACGUUUGCGCACUAUGUACAGAGCCACAAUCCGAACUUUAAGUUGGGUGCCUACUACGUGCGCUUGCAUCGACCUUAUAAAUAUCUGUGGUCUCUAAGCGACUACAACUUGAAAGGCAGUAUCCUUGGAACCACUCUGAAGUACUGCUACAUAUUCAUGGUGAUGAGAAUCACUUGGGCUUAUGUUUGGCUGCAUGUGAGACUGUUAGAACCUCAAUAUUACCUCCCGGUGGUAAAUAAGACAGUAAAUGAGACAGUAAACGAGACAGUUCUUCUGGGAGAACCGGAGGCGUUGUCAGAAGAUCCAGCCGGGGAGUUUCUUGAAGCUUUCUAUAACACCAGCAAGAUGUUCAUACCUAUUGGACCCUCAGGCUUCCCCUGCAAUGACGUGCAGCGCAUCAUCUGUAUUCUGAUCAUGUUGAGUGGCUGCCUCGUGGUGACUGGCAUAGCUGUCGCCUCCUUGUCUCUCAUCAUCAGCCUCUACAUGAGACCUGAAGAGACCUUCCGGUCUAGAUACAGGCUCAUCAUGAAGGAGAUGAAUGAUACGCGGGUCCCGCCGACUCUUCGCCAAAAAGUGGAGACGUUUUACAAGAUGUACUGGCACAAGCAACGAGCUGUGUCUAAAACGCAGCUGCUGCCGACUUUCCCACCAACUCUGCCUACUACCAUCAAUCUUGAUAUUUACUUUGAAUCUACACAAAAAGCUCGGAUUCUCCGUGAACUGUCUCAUCAGUUACUGUCGGAGCUCGCGAUGAAGAUGGAGACAGUUCACUAUAUCCCUGGAGACGCCAUCAUCAAGCGAGGGUCUAAGAAAUCCAAAAUUAUUUACAUUACUUACGGAGACGUUGAAAUGUUGACUGCAGAGGAUGAUAACACGGCCAUUCUGCGCAUGACCCGAGGCACAGUCCUGACUCCGUGCGGUGGUGCAGCCUCAGCAGCGCUCAGCGUCUCUCACGUGGCAGUCCGUGCUGCUACCUUCUGCACGGCGCAUGUCCUCAGUGCCACGGAGCUAUGGAGAGUGGUGCAUAGGCAUUCCGUCACGCAGGACCAUGCGGGACCCAUUCUUGCGUCUUUUACAGACCACGUUGAACGAGUGAAACGUCAUUAUUGUACGAAGGUGCCAGAUCCAGCUAUCCACAAGAGCAGUAUUCUGCAAUUCAAUCGGAAUCUAAAAGCGUUGAAGAGUAUGAAGGAUGCCAGCGGCAAGCCUGUGCUGGCCAGCGCAGACAUAUUCCUUGAGAUUGCUGGCUGUUACAUCAUGAGAAAUCGCCCCGACGUGACGCUCACAGAUCAAGCCGACGAAAUCUGUCUCCGGCCCAAGUUCCCCUGCAUCCUGCAGCCAACCUCCUCACUUCUGUUCGCGUGGAAUGUUUUCAUAGCCUUUCUCAUAUUUCUCUGCUGCAUCAUCCACCCAUACAACCUGGUGUUCGAAAAAGAACCGACCAUGGAGUUCAGAUGCUUCGACCAAGCCGUCACCGUCGCGUUUAUAAUAGACCACAUUACUUACCUUUCUACGGGGGCUAAUGUUGAAGAAGGUGUUCCGAUCACGUUCACGCAGACAUCUUCCCAGCAGAUGCGCAGUCACUGGUUCGUGCUGGACGUGGUGGCCACGCUGCCAGUCUUCGAGUUCGUUGGUGACGGUCACUUUGCGGGCAUCAACAAGAUCCUGAGGAUACCAAAGCUGUUCCGUGUGCUGAAGACCAUCGAGGAAAGCUGUGGUUACCGCAGCCACGUGCUCCGGUUCCUGUCAUACACGCUGCUGCUGCUCAUCGCGUGCUACGUCAUCGCUUCUAUGCAGCAAGCCUUCAUGUGCUUCCAAGCUGGUUAUUGCUUAGUAACCAACUUCACACAUUCACCAUUUUGGGAGAAGAAGCCGCUUGACGUUGAGACAAUCGACAGCAGGCUGACCUUCGGACUUUACUGGGCUAUGUCUAUGAUCAAUUUUACAAAUCACCGGCAGACGACGACGAACGAUUGGAAGCACAUAGUUUAUUCGCUGGUCAUCCUGGAGAUGUGUAUCGUGCUUCGAAUCUUCAUGGAAUCUGUCUACUCUGCUACCAUUAUGGUCACUACGGCCUUAAGGGAGGAUUACGGUUCCCGUAUAGCCACGGUGAAGAGUUUCUUGAUCAGAAACGAAGUGGACCCCCUGCUGAUGAAGCGGUUCAUUACAUAUCUUCAGCUUUGUUGGCACACUGAUAAGGCGUACAAGAUGACGCAUAAGAAACACUCGACAAUAUUCUACGAUCUUCCAGAACACGUGUUUCAGGAUAUUGUGGGCAAGGACCGCAGCAAGUACAUAUUGGCCAUACCAUUCAUGAGGCUGAUAAAGAAAGACGAACUGAAACGCGUGAUGUCAGCUGUGAAACUGUUCUACUGCUCGCCCAACGAGAUCCUGCUCAACACUGGAGAGCUCACCAACGAGAUCUAUGUCAUCAAAAGAGGGAUAUGCGAGAUUCUCGACCCGGAAACAAAGGAGCCAAUUGGUCACUUGACCGCAAAGAACCAUUUUGGUGCACUCAUAUGUUUGUUACGUCUGCCCGCGUAUAACACGAUCCGUGCAGUGACCCACGUUCAGGUGAUGUGCGUACCCAGGAAGGUGUUACAGAAAUCCCUGAACACUCCGCAAAUAAGACAAACGAUUUUAUACCUCAGGACUACUCCGGAGUUUCAAAGGCUUCAGACGCCGGUACCUGCCUUCAUAAAGUACGUGCCACCGCCAAAAACGUCGAACCUCAUGCACUUCAAGUUACCCAGGAAACAUGAACCCGACUCGGAGUUCCUCAAUCCUUUCGCCAGGAUGGGCUUUCUUUCUAUCUUGCGUUACGUGUUCCCCCGCUACACGAUUCGUCCGGACGGCACGUACAUGGCUCGCUACGAGUGGUUCCGCUUUGCCUGCUCACUUUGCUCCAUGCAGCUAUUCCCUCACUACACGUACCUGGUGCUGCAGUGGCCCUACCUCUACUAUGUCUCCCUCUUCCUCGACAUGGCGGCUGUUUAUGAUAUUUUUCAACGCAUGCUGAUUGGCUACUUCAACGAAGAUGGGAUCUUGGUCUACCACCCGUCCAGUACUUCUUCAUACUACAUGAAGGGAGGUUUCAUUGUGGAUGUAUUUGGGUGCCUCCCUCUUGAAAAUUUGGAAGCGGAUCGCUUGGAAGUUUACGAAAACAAAUUUCGCGCGUCUCCAACGAAGCAGUUCCUGAUGCUGAAUCGGCUGCUGCAGAUGUAUCGGAUGCCAGGCGCCAUGAUGAUGCUGAAGGAGUACAUCGAAAGACCGGACAUUCUUUUGGUGUUCCAAGCAAUACCUCUGUUCAUGGCUAUGCUGAACAUCCUGACGAUGUUCAUGGUGUUUUACUCUGUGAAGAUAUAUUACAGCAAGGAGAAGGGCCAUUACGAUUGGACUAUUGAGCCAUUCGAUGACCAAGGAGGUUCCUGGCUAGUCUUGUUCGCGGAAGAAAUGCGAUUCAAUAUGACCGCAACACCAUGGAACCUGCACUUGGCGACGUAUUUCUGGGUGGUUUACGAAUGCACUUCCACUGGGUACGGCGUGUUCAACCCUACCAACCAAAGUCUGAUGAAAGUGCUGAUCAUUGGCAUGGCUUGUAGUGCAAUGAUACUCACAUACUACAUGGUACGCAUCAUCAGUGUUCGGGCGAAUGUCAACAAGUCUCUAGCUGGUUUCCAACAACACAUGAAGGAUAUCAACGUCUACAUGGCCAGGGAGAAGUUGGAUAUAGAACUGCAGAAAGAACUCCGACGUUACUACGAGUAUAACUGGGAGAAGAUGGGCGGUAUCGACUACCGAGGGGUGCUCAAACUGUGUGACCAGAUCACGCUUAGGACUGACGCCAUACUUCACAUAUAUGGACCUACCUUUGCUAAGUGUCCAUUGCUAGCGAAUGCCGAUGUCUCCCUGCUGCGCAUCAUUGGUCGCGCAGUGCGCAGCGUGUACUUCCUACGGGACAUGAAGAUCAUAGAGCUAAACGACAUGGUCACUGACAUGUACUUCGUAGACUACGGAGGAGUUGAGAUAAGGGUCAGGACGGGCGAGAUGAACUCCAUCUUACGGCUACCGAGGGGCAGUGUAUUUGGCAAUCUGGAAGGAAUGAUGAGCCAUAAGAGUCCCUAUAACGUGGUGGCGACCAGCCGUCUUCAUCUUCUGAUGAUUAAUUCAGAAGCUUUUUCCAACGUCACGAAGGACUUCCCAGCGGUGAAGGAACUGAUGGCCAAGUCUAGAGCACCAGACCCCAAAUCGAAGGACAAGGAAAUAAAGAUGUAUAUUUUAGGCAGCGAGGCUUCGGUCAAAAUGCGUCGGAAUGUCCCGACGGGACCUCCACCACGCAGCAAGACCAGUGCUCUCAAGUACAUAUACUUCCAAGAAGGAAUGGUGCAGAUUUAUUUACUCAUCGUCUGCAUGGGCUGUAUCUAUUUGGAUUUAUAUAACGCAGGAUAUCAGGAUAACAGCACGUGGUUACUCGCAACACUCUACUCGUUGGAUUUCUGUUUCUUUCUGAAGAUUUUUACGCAGCAUGCUUUUCCUUUUAUCGUCUCCAGUCCAAGUAUGAAGAGGAUUAUGAUGCCCUUAAGAAGACUAUAUUUCAAGGGAGAGUUUAAAUACGAUUUCCUUUCGAUACUGCCAUUGGAGUUAAUUAGUUUCGCCUCGAAGAACGAGCGAACGAGGUGGAUGUGGUUCGGCUUGUUGCGUCUCAAUAGAGCCUUCAGAAUUGCCACGGUGUACAAAUGCUUGCGUAUGCGCAACGAGAGCAUCACGGUCAACCUGACCCUCACGACCAUAUUGGCGGUGUUCAUCUGGUUUACUCUGUUCGUUCACACCACGACCUGCAUCUGGUUCUUCAUGGCUGUGAUGGAAGAUCAGAUCGAACCCAAUACCUCCUGGAUACAUCUUGAUGACGGGUCCGACCACUGUGAAAACUAUUACCUCUGCUCAUUGUACUUCGUGAUCACGACGUUCACGCAAAAUGGUGUCGGAGACAUCAUGCCGAAGAAACAGUCCGAGGUGCUGUUCGUGGUUGUCCUCCAGAUAAUAUCGACGAUGGUGUUCAUGAUGUACGUAGGCGAACUCUCCAACAUCAUCCAGUACACCUCCUACCGCUCCUUCAGCUUCUACAGCAAGUACCUCGAGUUGCAGGAGUUUAUGAAGAACAAUCGAGUUUCUGAGAAUCUGGUUACCAUUGUGAACAAGUACACCUUGCAUCUGUGGCGGGAGAACCGAGGCUUGCAGAUUCCUCACUUCUUGAAGCAUGCGCCACUCUCCUUGCGGCUGAGGGUCAUGUCAGCAGCAUACUUGCAUCACAUAACCAGGCAUCACAUUUUCGAAGAGUGUGAACCAGCCUUCCUCAGGCAGAUGGUAGGCUGCCUGAAGUUGUACACUUAUAACGAAGGAAUGUACGUGGUGAAAGAGAGCGAGAUCACGGACGCCAUGUACUUAAUCCACACGGGCAAGGUGAAGGAGACCUGCGAGGAGAUGGACAUCAGCGCCAGGGUCUACCCAGCCGGCUCCUACUUCGGAAUUUUGCAGGGCUUAUUGCGUAACACACCAUAUACCCACUCAUAUCAAACAAUGAUCAAGUCUCAAGUGCUUACUCUGCAACUGGACGACUGGGAAUACUUACUGAAACACUUCCCAGAUAGCAAGAAUGCCAUACACAAACACAUGAGACAGUUAGGCGACAAAGAUAUGGACCAAAGUAAUUGGCCUGGAGGGGCCCCGAUGCCAGAGAGACCUCUUUUCGAUUAUACACCCGAAGCAGAUUCAAUUGUACCACCAGAGUUCUCAACUGAACCGGGAGCAGGUUUAUUUCCUAGCACUACAAGGCAUUUUGGAAGAGACUCCGCAUCGGAACCUCAAGAGGGAACUUCUCAGGGUGCUAAAGGACAUUCAAGGUAUUUUGCAUGGCCUACUGACAGCAGAGAACCCGAUACACCACUACUGAGUCGCGAGGAGCAUGAAGAAGAACAUGAAGAAGCAAAGCACAAACUGGGAUUUUUCGGAAAAAUUUUUGGCACUGCCAAGAAAUUAAUGGGUAGAGUAUCUGAUCCUGAAGCAUUAAGUGCAACCAGUGAUGACAGAGACGAGCUCUUACUUGAGGAAGACGUGGAAGCAACUGAAGCUUUGCUAAAGCAAUUUGAAAAAGCAAAGAAACAAGAAAAAGAUAAAAAGAUAAAUAGAGGUCGCAGAAAAAGUAUGUAUCUAGUGCAAGAAGAAGACACUGAAAAACACAUGCUCACGCUAGAUAUGGAGGAAUCCACAGUAGAUACCCUGGAAAAAAAGUCAUCUCAGCAGUUUACAAUGCUUCCUAUUCGAAUUCGUGAUGACGAUACUGCAGGGCCAUCAACAGAAAAAUUAGAAACCCGCGAGAUACUUGGCUUAGGCCGUCAUAAAUCUAGAGUAGAAGCACAAUCCGAAGUACAACUUACCAUGGAAAUGUUGGAUGGUGCGACUGAUGAAACAAUUACGGAAACACCCGAAGCCGUCGUGGCAACUGCUCCAUCCGCAAUAUCCCACAUUUCGGAAAGGCCUGCUGCUGUAGAUAAACGUGCCCCAGAUAGAAAAGCACAGCAAAUUGGAAGUUCCACUACGAUUGGUGAGACUGGUCAACAAAAUUUACCUCUGGAACUUUUUUAUUCUGGAACUGAAUCCACAUCAGAUGCGAGGCCGCCGCAGAAGAAAAACGAACAUUUGAGGAUACCGCUUGGAUUGUCGGAUGUAUUUUCAAGUGAAGAUAUAAGAGACACUCAAGUACCACAAGAAAUAACGCCAAUGCCUGUACCACAAGACUCAACGCCAAUGCCUGUACCACAAGACUCAACGCCAAUGCCUGUAACACAAGAUACAACGCCAAUGCCUGUACCACAAGACUCAACGCCAAUGCCUGUACCACAAGAUACAACGCCAAUGCCUGUACCACAAGACUCAACGCCAAUGCCUGUACCACAAGAUACAACGCCAAUGCCUGUACCACAAGACUCAACGCCAAUGCCUGUACCACAAGAUACAACGCCAAUGCCUGUACCACAAGACUCAACGCCAAUGCCUGUACCACAAGAUACAACGCCAAUGCCUGUACCACAAGACUCAACGCCAAUGCCUGUAAGAUCGUCGAGUGUAAGUUCCAGUUCAAUUUCUGCUGUUCGUAUGGCUGAUACAAGCCUGUAUGAACCAGAAGCUGACGUGCCUGUGGUACCAGUAACAACGUUAUUACCGCCUCCUACAGCAUCAGUACCUGAUCUUACAACACAAUCCUACCAUACUUUGCCAUCGGCUAUAAACAAAAUUACUACUGAAUCUGCACCAGAAACUAGAACUCCAUCAGGUACUAAAACUCCAACAGAAACUAAAACUCCAACAGAAAAUGAAACUCCAACAGAAACUAAAACUGCAGCUCUAACUAAAACUGCAGCUGGAACUAAAACUACAACAGAAUCCAAAACUCUAACAGAAUCUAAAACUCUAAGAAGAACUAAAACUACAGAAGAAACUAAAACUCCAACAGAAUUUAAAACUCAAAAAGAAACUAAAACUGCAGCAGAAACUAAAACCGGAGCUGAAACUAAAACUGCAGCAGGAACUAAAACUGCAGAAGAAACUAUAACUACAACAGAAUCCAAAACUCCAACAGAAUCUAAAACUCCAAGAAGAACUAAAACUACAGGAGAAACUAAAACUCCAACAGGAACUAAAACUGCAGCAGAAACUAAAAUUCCAACAGGAACUAAAACUGCAGCAGAAACUAAAACUCCAACAAAAACUAAAACUGCAGCAGAAACUAAAACUCCAACAAAAACUAAAACUGCAGCAGAAACUAAAAGUGCAACAGGAACUAAAACUGCAGCAGAAACUAAAACUCCAACAAAAACUAAAACUGCAGCAGAAACUAAAAGUGCAACAGGAACUAAAACUGCAGCAGAAACUAAAACUCCAGCAGGAACUAAAACUGCAGAAGAAUCUAAAACUCCAACAGAAACUAAAACUGUAGAAGAAACUAAAACUCCAUCAGGAACUAAAACUCCAACAGAAGGUACAACUAAACAAGAGACUACAUCUUCAACAGAAACUACAACUACACCAGAGACUACAUCUCCAGCAGAAACUACAAUGGCACCAGACACUACAUCUACAGUAGAAAUUGAAUCAGACACUAUUUAUUUCACUAGCAAUUCUGCAUACUCAAUUACGCCAGUCGUUUCAACUGUUACGCCCUCUAAACCUACUGAAAAACCAACGCCGCGGGAAGGUGGAACGGAACCGCAAGGUAGGAGUUUAAGUGAACGACUUGACGUCCCAGCUUCAGUACUCCUGUCUUCCCAAAAAUCAGGUUUAGAGUCAGAGUAUGCGAUAGACGAGGCAGCCGCAAAAUCGAAAAUGGUUAAUACCGUAAUGGCGGAACUUCUGUCUGAUGAGGCGAUUUCGAGUAAAAACCCUAGUCGAGCAGCUGAAAAAGUUAUUCCUGAUGUCCGCACUUCAAAAUCUCCAGCUGCCAAAGAAGCUAAAGAAUCAUCUCCUAAUCAGACUCCAGAGAAAACUUCUUCACGAACUCCGCAGACAGCAACUCGUGGUAAAUCGAUGAAGUCAGCUGCGACGAGGAAAGCCGAACCUGAUAAUUCCCCUGCUGCUCCCGCUAAGGACCCGGCCAAGAAAUCGUCUGUGGGCCAAGGUGUAAAGAAAGCCUCCCGACAGUCUUCCAAAUUAAAUGAAAAACCAGAUUCCUUGCCGUCCCGUGCCGCGUCUGAGCAAACCAGAACAACUACGUCAUUUUCAGCGGAUGCAGCACGAAGAGCUUCAUUCGCAAAAACACCUAUAGUUUUUGACCCUAGCCAACAAAUUUUUGGCGUAGCUGAUCCCACAAUGAUUGCAACAGAUGAUGACGGUAAUGUUCAAGAGCCUUCCGUGAUGAGGGAGGAAAGCACGAAUACUCGGACGAACCGCCGCUUCAUACGCGUGCGUUAUGACGAAGGUAGAAGUGGAGACCAGAGUGCGUAUGACAGAAAAGAUGAAGAAGGACUGGAUGAAAGGCUUAGAAGAGUGACAUUGAUAGCGACGAGCCGGACAAGAGUGCAGCCGAGAGUAUUGGUGAUGAUGACGAUGAUGAAGAUGCCCCUAAGCCGAAAGUGUACCGUCGAAGUUCUGGAGACUGAGUUAGUCGAUUACCUGUCCAGAUUAUUCAACCACCUGCAUCGAGAAAGAACUACCUACAUAUAUGCCGCCCGCCGUGGCGAAAGUUCCUCCUUUAUUUAA